GCCACAUGGUCAACACACCUGGUAAGGAGCCCUACAGGCCAGUGACCCGCACCCGCUGUUGUCAAAAUGUUUUACACCUUGCUCAAGUAAGGGUCACUUACUUGGUAGCAGAAUUCAUACAUUCCCAGCAAUUUACUGUGUUAUGAUGCUGUUUGUUUGCACCCCAGGUUGAGACGCAGGGGGAGAAGAGGGAGGUGUGGCGUCAGACCAGAGGAGACGGAACAGCAACAGUGCAUAUAUAGACCGUUAUGUACGUCAUAAAGACUACCUCAACAGCUUGGUUGGCCAGGACUGAAAUGAAAGAAAGAUGGAUCGUAAUGAUGAGAGAAUCAAAAGAGCUUUAAGACGCCGCCCUUAUGUGUUGAAACCAGUUAGGGUGAACACCCCUGAUUCCGUGUUGUGGCCAACCGGCAAGGUGCACAGAAGGCCAAAGCCAUCUAAUUCAGUGCAGACCCCUCAGAUCCACAAAAGGCCUCCAAUCAUUGUGAGCUAUGGGCAGGACCAGACAUCUGGGGAUGGAUGGAGCAUCAAUCCAGAGCCUCUCAGCCAGUCUGGAAGGGUGACUCGGAUAAUAGAGAGAGAAUAUCAUGACGUGAUCUCAUCCUCCAGUUCUGAUGACUUUUCCAUCUACUCCUUCACUGACUGUGAAUCUGAGUGUGAUGAUGAGGAUCAUGAAAGGAGGACACCAAAGCUGAACGUUGAGAAUGGAAAGGUGACAAAGCUUGAUGUGAGGGUUAUGGACGAAGAUGAUGAUCUAUCUCUCCACUCCUUCGAUGAGUCAGACUUCCUGAGCCCAGGGGAGGUCUCAGGUCCUGUAUCUGUCAAGAAUGGCCUCUCUCCUCUUGUAACCUCAGCACACCGGACACUUGCUGAAGCCCUACAGGCCCUGCCCUCUGCUGUAGGCUCUCCCUACCCAGUAAAUGUUCCAAGGCCUCGGACUCCUCUCAACCCUGUCAUUAUCGCUCCGCCCCAAACAGAGAACUUCCCAUACCGCCACAGCCCUCGCCUGGCUCCCAUCACCAAUGUGAGCGAGACCGGCAGGAAGCUGCUCCAGGAAAUGGCUGGAGUGGCCCCACAGGUUUCUUCAGUGGCUGCUGCCCAAACUGAGAUGUUCAAAGACAUAAUGGCCAACUAUUACUUCUACCACACACACACACACACACACAUAGAUUUUGAGUAUUGGUUGUUCCUACAACACACACAAACGUAAUUUCAGAGACAGGAACUAUGAUUAGCUAAAUACAUAUUUUGGUCUCAUUCUUAUAUUUUGAGACAUGCAGCAUUAUUAUUUUUUUUAAUGAUAUUGAUCCCCAUACAGCCUAUGAUAAUGAGUUGGAUUUACAUGCUGAGGCUUGGAAAUAUAGCCAGGAGAUGCAGGGUCAACACCUCUACUCAUGCCAUAAGUGCCAUGACAUCUUUAGUAACCACAGAGAGAUAAGACCUCUGUCUCCACAGUCUCAUGCAAAGGACAUCACCAACCUUAGGGCAGUGUCACUGGUAUUGGGGUCUUCGGUCUCCUUUGGCCAAAGUGAAGAGUUGAGGGCCCCUUACUGGUCUCCUUGCAAUAUCUGGUCUCCCACACAGAGAUGGAAAUCUACACCUGUUUAGACCUUGGAGGAUAUGGCUUCAGAUGAAAGACAGCAGAGAGAUGCAGAACGUAAAAGCUUCAAACACUGUGAUAUGCAAAUGUAGGACCAUUGUACACUGAAGUGAAGCAUGCAUCUGGUCUGAAGCAUGUCAAAAGAGUAGACAUGAACUGGGACUUGAGGAAUACAUCACAUUUAAACUAAAUUAGCAUGUAUCUGAUUUAGCUACACUCAUCUGUACUUGAAUUGUGCUGUUUGAAACGUGCAUUUCCAAUAAAGAUUUCUAA